AGGCUCAGGUGAGGAGCGGCAGCGUCUCGAGCCUCGACAAACAAACACAGCAGAGCUCGCGCCAUGUCCACGCGGCGGUGGUGGUGUUGGCUGACCUUCGCGUGCCUGGCGCAGGUGUGGUGCUGCGCGAGCGCCUCGACCUUCUGCACGGCUUACCUGAGCGUGCAAGUGAACCACAGCGCGAGCGCGCUGCCCGGGAACCUCACUACGUGGCGGCGCGAGGCGGGGCUCUUCGGGCGCGAGUCCCCGCGUCAUGGGCUGAAGGCCCGCGUGCUGCUGGCCGAGCCGGUGCACGCCUGCAGCCCGGACACGCGCUUCCGUGGCGCGCGCAGGGAGCCCGGCUGGAUUGCGCUGAUGAAGAGGGGAAGCGGCUGCACGUUCACCGAGAAGAUCAACCGCGCGGCGGACAGAGGAGCCGCGGCGGCGCUGAUCUACAACGAGGACGGAACCGAGAACACCGUCAUACAGAUGGCGCAUCCGGGUACCACUAUCGUGGCGGUGAUGAUGGGUAACGAGGGCGGGACCACGCUGGCCGAGCUGCUGCGUAUGGGCGUGCCCGUUACCGUGGAGAUAGAGGUAGGGCGGGUGUUCGAGCCGCUGAUGAGUCACUACUCCAUCUUCCUCAUCUCAGUCUCCUUCAUCAUCAUCACCACGGCAACCGUUGCAUACUUCAUCUACUACACCGCUCGGAGACUCUACAGAGCCAGAGUGCAGAACCGCAAACAGAACCAGCUGAAAGCGAAGGCCAAAAAGGCGAUGGGUCAACUGCAGAUCCGCACCCUGAAACACGGAGACAAGGAGUGUGUAGGUCCUGAUGCUGACUCCUGUGCAGUGUGUAUUGAAGUGUAUAAACCUGGAGACGUUCUCUCAGUUCUCACCUGCAGUCAUUUUUUCCAUAAGGUGUGUGUGGAGCCGUGGUUGCUGGAACACAGAACCUGCCCGAUGUGUAAGAGUGAUGUCCUCAAGGCUCUCGGAGUGGAGGUUGAUGAGGAGACUCAACCUGAUUUAAACUCCAGCAGCUCUGAUGAUUCUCACACACACACCGACACAUACAGCGACAGUGUCUCACACACACACGUCAGCAGUGUGUCUCACACACUCAGCGACGCAGCGUCUUCAGGAUACGAGUCUAUAAACUCAGACAUACACACCGGGUUGGAGGUGGUUUGUGUGGAGACGCAGCCACACUAUGACAACGCCGCCUUUGAGAGAGACCCUGCCUUGGAGAGAGACCCCACCUUGUAGAGAGAGACCCUACCUUCUAGAGAGACCCCACAUUUAAUCCCCUUUCAAGAGAGGCUCCCCUGUCGAGAGAGACCCCACUGUCUAGAGAGACUGUCUUUUAGACAGACCCCACCUUUGAGAGAGAGACCCCACUGUCUAGAGAGACAACAUCUAGAGAAACCAACUUCUAGAGAGACUAGAACUUGUAGAGACACCCUGCCUUUAAAAGAACCCCCCCCCCCUUUUGCCAGAGACUCCUCCUUUGAAAGAGCCUGUCUUCUAGAGAGACCCUGACUUUUAGCAAGACAUACUGUCUUCUAGAGAGAGACCACCUUUCAACAGAGGCUCCUUCAUAGAGAGACCCCGCCUUCUGGAGAGAGACCCUGCCUUCUAGAGAGAUCUUGUCUUCUAAAGAGAGGCCCCAUCUUCUAGCAAGAGACCCCAUAUUCUAGAGAGACCCUGCCUUCUAGAGAAAUACCCCAUCUUCAAGAGAGAGACCCUGGCUUCUAAAGAAUGACCCUGUCUUCUAGAGAGAUACUCCAUCUUCCAGAGAGAGACCCCAUCUUCAAGAGAGAGACCCCAUCUUCAAAAGAGAGACCCUGGCUUCUAAAGAAUGACCCUGUCUUCUAGAGAGAUACUCCAUCUUCCAGAGAGAGACCCCAUCUUCAAGAGAGAUACCCCAUCUUUGAGAUAGACCCCGCCCCCUAUAGAGACUCCCAGAGACACUACAGAGCUGUUAUUUAAAUGUCUGUGCGUGUGUGUGUGUCUGUGUGUGUGAGUGUGUGUGUGUGUGUUGUAUGUGCGCGUGUGUGUGUGUGUGUGUGUGUGUGUGAGUGUUGUAUGUGCGCGUGUGUGUGUGUUGUAUGUGCGUGUGCGUGUGUGUGUGUGUGUGUGUGUGUGUGUGUGUGUUAGCACCGCGUCUGCAGUCUCGCUCCUGCUCGCCUCUCUGCGAGUCAGACUGGACGCUCCUGUAUUCGUGUCUGAGUUUAUUUGUGUAUUGAUUUGAGUUGUUUUGAUUUUCUCUGAUUGUGAUUAAUUUAAUCUUGGGCCUCACAGGCCUCCAUACAGCAAUCACACGACCUUCAGCAGUGACCACAACGGCAGCUGGACUCUGAGCUGUGUGGCUGUCCGGCUCCCUCUGCUGAACCUGCGGAUCUUAACCUCGAUCGCCUUUCUCAAUUUUUAUUCUUACUACUUAGAAUUUUUUCUAAAUUUCUAAAGUUUAGAAGUCUAAUGUUCUCUGUGUGGGUGUGAUCUUUGAUCUCUGAGCUGCUGAUUUGAAUAUUUGAAUAUUUAAAUAAGGGCUGUGUGUAACAGAACUGAUCUGUACUGAUAUAUAAAAUAAACUGCUUUUAUGAAGGUG